AUGAAGACACUCGCAGUCUGGUACCUCUUUCACUGUUCUACAGUGACUGCUUUCCUCUCAACGAAUCCAUCGCUGGCUUCACGGAUACAAGCUCCAAGCACAUCAGAAGCAGGUCCACUUGCGUCAAAAUCAGAAGCCGCUUCCCACCGAACUUCGAUACGUUUUCCAUCAUCAUCGCCAUCAUCAUCGUCAUCAUCACUCUGCAGUGUCAGUCCCAAAACAACUGCAGCCGAUGCAAAGGCCAACACGAAACAAAAAAAGAAGAACAUUCGCGGCAAACCCAAAGCCAACAAGGAUGCUGGACCCAAAAUGAGAAUUGAAGAACCCUGCAAUGUGGUCUUCACUCACACGAAUGCUGAUUUUGAUACACUUGCUGCAGCGGUUGCUUUGUCGCUUUUAUGGAGUCAAAAGACGUUUCCAGAGCGUCCCACUCAUGUCGUGUUGCCGCGUGGGGUUCAUCCUGUAGUCCAACGUUUCUUGGCCUUUCACAAACAUUUAUUGCCCCUUCGAGGUUUCAAAACCAUUCUACCAGAGGACGUCCACGCUAUUGGAGUAGUCGAUGCCCAAAGCGCAUCACGGAUCGGAAGAGGAAAAUCUUGGUUGGAGAGUGCCCGCUCCAUUCACGUCUUUGAUCAUCACGAUACCAAUAAGGAUCCAUCAGAAACAACAAGCAGUAAUGAUUCUUCGAAACCAUCACAAUCCAAGAAAAAGGAAGGCGAAGCGACUACUGCUCCUGCUCCUGCUCCUACUGAUACUUCCAAUUCUUUGAUUGAUAUGGCAACUGAAGUGGUGAUUGAUAUGGUGGGUUCGACUACUACUUUGCUGGUGGAACGCUUGCGGGAUGCCGGAAUCAGACCACAGCCCCACGAAGCGACGCUUUUUGUCUUGGGGAUUCGGGCAGAUACCGGUGGUCUGGUGUAUGAAUCCACGACGCUGAGAGAUGCCGCUGCUCUGCUAUGGUGCCUAGAACAAGGAGCUUCUCAGACAGCCAUUAGUGAAUUUGCCAUUUCACGAAUUGGCGAAGAACAGCGAUAUGUCUUGAAUCUUGCUCUGCAGAAAACAGAAACGACCAUUUUUCGAGGUCUACGCGUAUCGACGGUCUUGGUGGGCGAAGAUGAUGAUGGCGAACAUCACGAAUAUAUCGCUGGUCUGGCACAAGUUUGUGAAGAGCUGCUGGAUUUGACCGAUUCGGAUGUCUUUCUUCUUGGUGCUACCCAUCAAUCGGGAAAGGGCGGCAGUAAGGAUAAGGCACAGUGGGUAUCACUGAUUGGACGAGCUUCUCCGCGGGCUGUCGGAGUUGAUCUUAAUCAAAUUAUGCGAAAGUAUGGCGGAGGAGGUCAUCCCAAGGCAGCCGCAGCAGCAGUUCGAUGCGAAGGUCCAUCUGACGGAGAGACUUCCGCCAGGGGGACUCUUGAGGCCGCAACCAAAAUGGUGGAGUCACAAAUUCCAGAGCAGCUAGUGGCGUCAUCUUUCAUGGCACCGAUGCAAGUUUUGGUAACAGUGUCAGCGGAAGAUUCUGUUGCUUCUGCUCGCCAAGUAUUUGAAGAGAGACGCCUCAAGUCAGCACCAGUCAUUGACUCAAUCACAAAUCAAUUCAAGGGGUCCCUGAAGCUCAAUGAUUUGGUCAAAGCUAUUCGAUCGGGAAGAUCAGAAGACAAAGUUCGAGGAAUCUUGCGAUCAUCAGUUGACACAGUUUUGCCAGAAACUUCAAUAGCAGAUUUGGAAGAGCUGAUGGUGGACAAGGGAGUCGGUCGAAUUCCAGUGGUAGACGAGGAAGGUGUGUUGGUAGGGCUGGUGACAAGAACCGACCUUUUGAGACAACACAAGCUAUACGAUGCUGCUAAUUUCUAG